AUGAUUGUUAAUCAUCUCCUUGCAAUUAUUUUCGUGGUUGGCUUUUCAUGUACGUUUGCGGCCGUCGUUGAUUCAAACUCGAAUAAGUUUUCAAAACUUACGAGUAGGACAUGGGAUGAAGCAAUUAGUAUGGCUAAAUCAUUUGUUGCACAAUUAACACUAGAAGAAAAGUGCAACAUGACAUCUGGUAUGGGCGGUCCAUGCGUUGGUAAUGUUGUGCCUAUACCACGUCUUAACUUUAAUGGAAUGUGCUUUCAAGAUUCACCAUCUGGUGUUGGAGAUGGAGUCUUACAUUCAACUGCAUUUGCUGCUGGUAUACAUAUUGCAGCAACAUGGGAUCGAGAUCUAUUCUAUAAACGUGGUGUUGCAAUUGGUAAAGAAUUUCAAGGUAAAGGUGUUCAUUUUGCUUUGGGUCCAAUGAUGAACAUUGAUCGGAAUGCACGACACGGUCGUAAUUGGGAAGGUUUUGGUGCUGAUCCAUAUCUUUCUGGAGAAAAUGCAUUCUAUUACGUUCAAGGUAUUCAAGAUCAAGGUGUGGUUGCAACUGCAAAGCACUACAUCUGUAAUGAACAAGAAACCAACCGAUUCUAUGAUACACCAAGUAACUCCAAGGGUUAUUCAGCUAAUCUGGACGAUAAAACAAUUCAUGAAAUUUAUCUGUGGCCAUUUGCUUCUAGUGUAGCGGCUGGUGUAGGCUCUGUUAUGUGUUCAUAUAAUCAAGUCAACGGUACGCAAGCCUGUCAAAAUGAUAAAACAUUAAAUGGACUUUUAAAACAAGAACUCGAAUUUCCAGGCAAUGUCAUGUCUGAUUGGGGUGCAACUAAAACUGGCGUCGAAUCAGUGUUAGGUGGUUUAGAUAUAGAUAUGCCAGGUGGCGAUGGAUUUAUGGGUAUCGCACUUGUUCAAGCUGUUAAAAGUGGAACGGUUACUGAAGCAAGAAUCGAUGAUAUGAUCGUUCGAGUUCUAGCACCUUAUUAUCUUCUCGAACAAGAUCAAGGUUAUCCAUCACUUGAUUUAGAUCGCGAUGCUAUUGGAGAUAAUUACAAUGUUAAUCGAGAAAUUGGUACUGCUGGUAUGGUUUUACUCAAAAAUACAAAUAAUGCUCUACCAUUCAAUGUUAUGACGGAUAAAUACUUUUUUGUUUAUGGAACAGCAGCAGGUCAAUCCGAUGAAGGUUUCGGAGCCGGUGGUUCUGAACAACAUGCCGGUGCUUUAUAUCAAGGUGGAGGUUCAGGUUUUGUUGAGCCAACAUAUGGUAUUGAUCCUCUAACUGCACUGUUGAUCAAUGGUAGAGAUUCACAUCUUCAAAUGCGAUAUAUUACUAAUCAAAAUGAUUAUCAAGCUAUUAACGAUUCAUUCAAUGCUCGUGGUUUUGGUAGCGCAAAAUGUCUUGUUUUCAUUAGCGCUUGGUCUUCCGAAGGCUCCGAUAGAAGAGAUCUACAUGCUUUAAAUAAUGGCGAUAAACUUGUUCAAACUGUUGCAUCUCGUUGUGCUAACACAGUUGUUAUCGUCAACAGCGUUUCACAACUCAAUCUUGAAGCCUGGAUUGACCAUCCGAAUGUGGUAGGUGUGAUCUGGUCAGGCAUGCCCGGAUCUGAAUAUGGACAUGCUAUUGUUGAUGUUCUCUUUGGUAAUUACAAUCCAGGUGGUAAACUUGUGUUUACAUUAGCUAAAAACGAUUCUGAUUAUGGUACCGAUAUUAGCGAAUCAUACAAUUCCAAUUAUACAGAAGGCGUUUUCUUAGAUUAUCGUCAUUUUGAUGAGCAUAAUAUUGUUCCUCGAUACUUUUUUGGAUAUGGUCUUUCAUAUACGACUUUCGCCUUCUCUAGUCUUGAUAUUUCAAAAGCUAGAAAAGGACCACAUACUAUAUCAUCACAAUAUCGACAACAUCGAAUGAGACCUUACGCUAACAUAGGUACUUCAUCACUCAAUGAACCUGCCUAUGAAAUAACAUUCAUUAUUACCAAUACUGGUAAAAUGAGUGGCUCCGAAGUAGCUCAACUCUAUCUUACGUUUCCAGCUGAAGCACAAGAACCACCAAAAUUACUACGAGGUUUCGAAAGAGUAUAUUUAGUACCUGGUGAAUCGAAACAAGUAUCAUUUGUAUUAACACAAAAGGAUAUUUCCUAUUGGAAUGUUGUUAAUCAAAAAUGGACUACGGCCUCUGGUACUUACAUCGUUUGGAUUUCAACAUCAGCUAACAAUCUUGAUAUUAAAAUGCAAAGUUCUUUUCAUAUAUAA